GAAGGACACGUUGGACUGGUCGGAAUCGGCUAAUGGAUCUUCUCCAAUGGAUGCUCUCUCCUUAGAGUCCGCCAGCAAGGAAGCCUAUUUCAGCAGAGUAGAAACCUUCACCCCGCUGAAGUGGGCGGGCAAACCCCACGAGCUCUCUCCCCUGGUUUGUGCCAAGUACGGCUGGACCAACGUGGAGUGCGACAUGCUGAAGUGCUCCAGCUGCCAGGCCUUCCUCUGCGUGAGCCUGCAGCUCGCCUUCGACUUCAACAAGUACAAGGAGCGCUGCGUGGAGCUGAAGAAGGCCUUGUGCACCGCUCACGAGAAGUUCUGCUUCUGGCCCGACAGCCCUUGCCCAGAUCGCUUUGCCGUGUUGCUGGUGGAUGAGCCCAGAGCCCUUCUCCAGGACUUCCUGGACCGCUUCCAGAGCCUGUGUCAGCUGGAGCUGCAGCUGCCCUCCCUCAGACCAGAAGACAUGAAAAACAUG